UUUAACACUUUUCUUUUAUCUUCCAGUACUCUCGAAUAUCACGAUUGUAUAUCGGUUAAUGCUCGCUGUCAACGUAUCUGUGAUCAAUGGGAUCGCUUGGGUGCGCUCACGCAGCGUCGUCGAACAGCCUUAGAUGAGGCUGAACGUAUCUUGGAGAAAAUCGAUAUACUGCACCUGGAGUUCGCUAAAAGAGCUGCUCCGUUCAACAACUGGUUAGAUGGCACACGUGAAGAUUUAGUUGAUAUGUUUAUUGUACAUACAAUGGAGGAAAUACAAGGUCUCAUUCAAGCGCAUGAUCAGUUUAAGGCCACAUUGGGAGAAGCUGAUAAGGAGUUCAACUUGAUUGUCAACUUAGUACGUGAAGUGGAAUCAAUUGUUAAGCAACACCAAGUCCCUGGAGGCUUGGAAAAUCCGUACACAACACUCACUGCCAAUGAUAUGACAAGAAAGUGGAGUGACGUUCGUCAAUUGGUACCACAACGUGACCAAACGCUUGCAAAUGAGCUACGUAAACAACAAAAUAAUGAAAUGUUGCGUAGGCAGUUCGCUGAAAAGGCAAACAUUGUAGGACCAUGGAUUGAGCGACAGAUGGAUGCUGUUACUUCAAUCGGAAUGGGCCUACAAGGCUCGCUCGAAGAUCAAUUGCAUCGCCUUAAGGAGUACGAACAGGCAGUAUAUGCCUACAAACCCAACAUUGAAGAGUUAGAGAAGAUUCACCAGGCCGUGCAAGAAUCUAUGAUAUUCGAAAAUCGUUACACGAAUUACACAAUGGAAACAUUGCGCGUUGGCUGGGAACAACUGUUGACUUCUAUUAAUCGUAAUAUCAAUGAAGUCGAAAAUCAAAUUCUUACACGUGACUCUAAGGGAAUAAGUCAAGAGCAAUUAAAUGAGUUCCGGUCCAGUUUCAAUCACUUCGAUAAGAACCGUACCGGACGACUAACUCCUGAAGAAUUUAAGUCAUGCCUUGUCUCUUUGGGUUAUUCUAUCGGAAAAGACAGACAAGGAGAAAUGGAUUUCCAAAGAAUUUUAGCUGUCGUCGACCCCAACUCAACUGGUUAUGUGCAUUUCGAUGCCUUCCUUGAUUUUAUGACUCGAGAAAGCACCGAUACUGAUACCGCCGAACAAGUGAUUGAUUCGUUCAGAAUUCUCGCAGCCGAUAAGCCAUAUAUAUUGCCUGAUGAGCUCAGACGUGAACUCCCUCCAGAUCAAGCAGAAUAUUGCAUACAGAGAAUGCCACCAUACAAAGGACCCAACGGAGUGCCUGGAGCUCUUGAUUACAUGUCCUUCAGUACUGCUCUAUAUGGCGAAACUGACUUGUAAGAAAGAGAAAUGCCAAUAAUAACGGAAACAUCGAAUAAAAUGAAUAGUUCACUAAAGGAAUGCAUUCAAUUUGUAUUGAUACCAUUUGAAAAACUACGGUGCCAUCAAAACAAGAGUGAUUUUGCAGUGUGUUUCGAAUAUUUAAAUUUAUAAAAUUUCGAUACAUUUCCGGAGCAUAAAAAUUCUGAUAUACAUAUCUAUAUAUUCUAUUGUUACUAACAACCAUCAAGCGGUUUACAUAUAUAAAAUCAUAAAUGUGAACAUUUGUUGCGCAUAUCGGAGUACAUAUCAAAAUAUCUAGGGUAAUGAGGGCACAAUAUAAGUACUUAUGUAACUCAGCAAAAUCAAAUGUGUAUGCUCGUACACACGCCCAGAACUGCUUGCCAUUGCCAUCCUGUAUUUUGAAAUCUUGAAAUUUUUAAUCGUGAUCAUAUUCUCUGAAUAUAAUUAUUUGACCGAAUAAAUAUAUAAAAGGUUGGACUGUAAACAAAUGGUCAAUACGAUUUAAGUGGACGAUUGAAAGGAACAUAGAAUAAAGAAAGAUAAAUCAAUAAGAAUGUUAGUUCUAUAGGCGGCCAGAAAACAGCUAUUUGAUUUACUAAUACAUUUCUGGGGCGAAUAUUAUAUAUUUAUUUUUUAUCUUUUGUUAUGUUAAUUUAAUAUUUAUUUCGAGAUUAUUUAUAAUGAUUUCAUAACUCUUUAUUUAAUUUCUAAUUACGUUUUAUAUAAUUAUUAUAUAAACUAGUAUAUGUUACAAUGAUUGAAAAAUGAGAAAAGAGGGCAUUAUAUAAUAAUUUGUAAGGAUUCUAGAAUGUUCAGAUGAUAUCAAAAUGAAGUACACUUAUAACACCUAUUAAAGUCAAAAAAUAUACUUUUGUAUAUUAAAACAAUCCAUACAUUUCUGAGCUUAAAAUAAUCACAUUUAACAUACAAUUAU